GCUUCGCAGGUUUUGAGACCGAUGAUAUUCCGCCGCAAAAGCCUCGUUCCAGCACCACUCCAGAUACGCCGAGGCGAGCAGAGAGGUCCUCCGGCAUCUCCGCAUCACUCAGAACGAGUUGAACGUUGGACAGUCUCUGAUGAUGAGGCAUUCCGAAGCAGCUUCCACCCACAUCCCCUCAAGAGCCAUCCAGUUUGCGAUGUUGCUCAGUCGGAAGGCCAGACUCGGGAGGCAGAGGAGAGAGCGGACUCUGGAGCAGAGACUCAUUGGGAGUCAGCUCUUCCACGUGCUGUGCCAGAUCACCAUCGGCUGGCUCAACACCCAGCUACCGGACGCCGUUACCACGAUUCAAUCAUAGGCCGGUAUAUGGCGCCGACC